AUGGCGCAGCGGGAGCCGCGGCCUGCAGCGCCGGGAGCGCGUCUGUGCGGUGUGCACGCCGGGCGCCCGCUGGAGCUCUUCUGCGAGGACUGCGGGUGCUGCGUGUGCGCUCUCUGCCCGGCUCUGGGCGCGCACCGCGGGCACCGCGCCUGCCUCCUGCCGCACGCUGUCCGCCGCACGCAGGAACUCAUGGCAUUGUGCUUGAAGACUCUGGAAGAGAGAAAAGAGCAAGAGGCUGGUAACAGAAGGAGCAUAGAACAGGCUGUAAAUGAUGUGAAGGCACAUGCUGAUACGAUCAAACGGCAGCUGUCAGAAAAAAUGACUGUGCUUCAGUUACUUCUUCGGGAAGAAGAGAGUCUGGCAAAGGACUUAAUUGAUGAAAAGACUCAGCAAGCCCUGGGAGCACAUGAUCAGCAUAUGAGGUCCUGUCAAGAACAGCUUGCAGUCCUAGAGACCUUCACACAUCGCAUCAGACAAAUACAACAGGACAGUGAUGCUAUUAAUUUACUGGAGAAGUACACAGAAAUUGAGAAGGAAAUUAAGGAAUCUGGGCACCUGUUGGAAGAGUGGCAUCCAAUACCUCUCUCAUUUGAACACUUACUUAACCAUUAUAAACACUUCAUCAGAGUUCUUCAGUCCAUUCUACAGAAACCACUGGAAGCCCGACUUAAAGAAGAUGUUUUCAGCAGCCUUAAUCCCACUGCGAAGAAGGAGCCUGGGACUGUGCUGAAAACUAUGACUCCUAUUGAUCGGUUGCUUUUCUUAAAACAUGCAAGAUCACCAACCUGGGAAUAUGACAGCAUUCACCCAAGAUUGAAAUUGUCUGAUGACCUUCUUGAAGUAAGCUGUAGCUGGAGGAGAAUAUUUUAUCCCUGUAGUCCCCAGAGAUUUGAUAAAUUAUGGCAAGUGCUAAGCAGAGAUGCAUUCCUUUCUGGGAGCCAUUACUGGGAAGUUGACCUGCUUCGUGCUGGAGCAGGAUGGUGGAUUGGCGCAGCCUACCCUACCAUUGGCAGGAAAGGAGACUCUGAAGCUUGUCGACUGGGCUGGAAUAGAGCAUCUUGGUGCCUUAAGAAGUUUGAUUUGGAGUACUGGGCAUUUCACAAGGGAGAGAGAAUCCCCAUCGUGAUAGAAGAUGAUCCUGAUUGCAUUGGCAUUUUUCUAGAUUAUGAAGCAGGAAUCCUUUCAUUCUACAAUGUUAGUGAUGGCAUGGCUCAUUUGCACACCUUCCGCUGUAAGUUCACAGAACCAGUUUAUCCAGCCCUGAGACUCUGGGAAGGGUCCAUUAGAACAUGCAAACUAACAUAAGAAACAAAGCAAAAUAAAGGCCUACUAUUUCAUGCUUUUUCUAUUAAUGCCACUUUAGCAACUAUCUACAUGUAUUCACCUCUGUUGUAUCAAACUUGUAAUUGUGAUGCUUUUAGAAGGUAACAUAAGUUCAGGAAAGCCAACUGUGAUUUUUAAUGUAUUUUUUUUUAAUGAGGGAAGGUGGUCUGGCUUUUAUAAAUGAUAUUGAUUUACCACUCGAAGUGCCGUUUGUACUACUGUUGUACUUUUUUCAACUUUUAACAUGAGUUCAAGAAAAACAACUGUAUUUUUUAAUGUAUAUGUAUUUUUUAAUGGGGGAAGAUGAUUUGACUUAUCAAUGGUGUUGCUGUACCACCUGAAGUGCUGCAGAUACUAUUUUUCAACUUGCAUAAUGGAAGAAGUCAGGCUGAAAGAAACAUAUUGCAACUCAGACUGGAACCUGGAUAUUGAUUUUUUGAAUUUUUUUUAAAUGAAAUCCCUGCCCUCAUGAGCCUGGAGAGGCUGCAGUUGUGUAUGGCAACAGGUUUAGCUUAGCUCAAGCUUCAAGAUUAUAUACAGUAUAUUGUUAUCAUUGACAAGGUCAGAUUUGGAUAAUAAACACACUAUGUGAAUUAGCUCAUAGUUAAGUGUCAUCUUGGAAAAAUCAAAGACUGGCACCAGCUCUUGGAAAGGUCUCUUAAGUUAGAGCUUCUGUGGCCACAUUUAAUAGUCAUUAACGUGUCUUAUAUGUGACAGAAACUCUGAAUUCUAAUUGGUUGCCCUAUUCUUCCCAUUCAAUGGAAACAUGGGAAAAAGCUGUGUACAACCCCUCACAGAGGAUGAAAGGUCUGCAGGGCUCACAGGUACAAUAAAAACACCAGGCCAGAGUUGCAUCUGUGGCCCACUUAUUCUUGUGUCCAAUCUGCAACGUUAACAUAAAACUAGGGGACACAGCUUGCAAGCUGUAUAUGGAUAUCUCCACCACCACCAAUACAUUAAUUAAAGUCCUGGGAAUUUCUGGAGCCUUUGCUUACAGCAGUCACCAGGACCAGCCAGUAAAGAACGAAAAACCAUUGCUACUUGAAACUGGUCAGCUAAUCUUAGAUUGUUCAAAUACUAAAGGCCCUGCAUAACCAGUGCUGGCAAAGGCAAGGUCUGACCAUAAACUGAAAUGCAGAAACAAGAGCUUGUUUUAUAAGCUAAAUUUAUUUUUCAAAUUUGAAAUUAAAAAAAAAAAUCUUUUAACAAUUGAGUAGUUUU